UCCGCAGCCCUCCACCCGCAGCCCUCCACCCAAGAUUGGCAAGUUGGGUCUUAGCGAGGUGGAAGGUUCAGGAGGGGGACUGACCUUUUGAGGCCCCUGCGUUCCCGAAACCCCAGCGCUUGCACUCGUUUUUCUACUAGUAUUAAUACAAUGGAAAUGAGAAUAUCAGAUGGUCCGUGAAGUAAUGGCUUUAAUCUUCAUGAGAGGAUGAAGCGACAUCGAAGUUAUUUUUCUACUGACUAAUGGCUAAAGACAUGGAUGAUCUGUUAAAAUUUAGAGAAACUCAAAUAUGCCCUAUUUGUGAAGAUCAGAUAGCAAACACAAUGCUCUUGGAAAGAAGAUCCAUUCACUGGUUUUGUAGCAAACCUAAUGGGGCUUCAAUUGUCACAGGUGGCACCAAUGGGGUGUCAGUGUCACAUGCAGGAGUAAAACUGUUGCUAGACAAAAUGAUGACCAGUGAGUUGAAGGAGGAUGCAUGUUUGAAACCCCACAUGGGGGCUGUUUGGGAGACUAAUGGAUCUGUGAAAGACAGCUCCAGUCAGAGUAAGCAAAACAGCCUACAAAUAAAACAUCUUUGUCCUGAGAGUGCUCGCCAGCACUUCCGGAGCUUCUGUUUUCGUGAAGCACCUGGACCGCUAGAGGCUGUCAGUCAACUUCAGGAAUUAUGCCAUCAGUGGCUGAGGCCAGAGAUCCACUCAAAAGAGCAGAUCUUGGAACUGCUGGUGCUAGAGCAGUUCCUGACCAUUCUGCCCAGGGAGAUCCAGAACUGGGUGCAGAAGCAUCAUCCACAGAACAUCAGACAGGCUGUGGUCCUGGUAGAAUGCUUGCAGAGAGAAUCGGGUGGAACAAAGAAUGAGGUCACAGCCCAUGAGCUGGGAAAGGUGGCAGUGCUCUUGGGAGGAACAGCAGUGGCCCCAGGCUUCAAGUGGAAGCCAGCAGAGCCCCAACUAAUGGGUGUGUUCCAGAAAGAAUGUUGCUGUACUUACCAGGUACUACAGGAACUGCUGGGCUGGCAUACUCACAAAGAAAUCCAGCCUGUAUAUAACAGAGCUGUGCACACUCCACAGAUUUUAGGCCUUUCUGGGCAGAAAAGCACCACACACUGGAAGAUGGCAUCUGAGCUCAUCUUGCCUGAGUCCCAGAGUCUGUUGACAUUUGAAGAUGUGGCCGUGUAUUUUUCUGAAGAAGAAUGGCAGUUACUGGACCCUAAUCAGAAGGCUCUCUACAAUGAUGUAAUGCAGGAUACCUAUGAGACUGCCUCCUUUCUAGGGUUAAAGCUCAAAAAUGACACCAGAAAUGAUCAGCCUAAAUCUGUUUCUGCAUCAGAAAUACAAGCACCAGAACGCAAAGUAUCAACGAAGACCAGAAUGAAAGUUGCCCAGAAAACAGCAGCCAAGGAAAAUCAUGGUGAUACAUGCAGGGUAGAGAAACACAGUCGAGGUUUUCCAACAAAAAAGAGAAAGAAACUUUCAACUUGUAAACAAAAGCUUCCAAAACUUAGGGAUCUUCACAGGAAGGGUCACACAGGGGAGAGACCAUUUAAGUGUCAGGAAUGUGGGAAAAGCUUCAGAGUUAGCUCUGACCUUAUUAAGCACCAGAGAAUUCACACUGAAGAGAAGCCCUAUAAAUGUCAACAAUGUGAUAGGAGGUUUAGAUGGAGUUCAGAUCUUAAUAAGCACUUCAUGGCACAUCAGGGAAUAAAACCUUAUAGAUGCUCAUGGUGUGGGAAAAGCUUCAGUCACAACACAAAUCUCCACACACACCAAAGAAUUCACACAGGAGAGAAGCCUUUUAAGUGUCAUGAAUGUGGAAAAAGAUUUAUUCAGAACUCCCACCUUAUUAAACACCAGAGAACCCACACAGGUGAGCAGCCUUAUACUUGUAGCAUGUGCAAUAGAAACUUUAGCAGACGGUCAAGCCUUCUUAGACACCAGAAACUGCACAGAAGAAGGGAAGCAUGUCCAGUACCUCCAGUCUGAGGAAAGUUACCAUAUAGAAUAACAGAGCUAGUAAAAGAUUAUAAAAUUGUGAGGUGCUCAAUAAUAGGAAUAUGUUAUCCACAGAAAUUUGGAAUAGAUAAUGUGUCCUGCAGCACAGAAAUAAACUUAUGCUGUCUAUUUAUUCAGCAUUGUAUCUUUGGUGCUUAGCGUAAGACCGAUACAUAAAUUAUUUACAAGUAAAAGAAUGAAAAUGUAAAUAUAGCUCUUUGUUUAUAUGUAUUCAUCUGAUUAUUCAGAGCUUACACCCUCAGUGUUAUAAGUUUUUCGGGUAUUAGGUGCUGGGUAAAUGUGUGAUGGGCAUGGAUCCUGCUCAUGCUUCAGUUUUUCUCGGGUGAGAUGGAAAAUACGGGUAGACAAGGUCAUCUGAAGAAUUACUAAGAUUGGGACAGUCUCAGUGGUUAUGAUUCUAUCCGUACUGACAGCCAAGCCCAGGUCUCAGGGAACUUUAUCCUGGGACAGAAAGAGAAUUACAUGUUUGCCCUGGUGGAAGUAUCUAAUCUUCUCAAUACAGGCUUAUAGAAUGAAAUGAUAAGGGACAUGGUCUGGGUCCUCAUCCAGGUUUCUUUUUGUGGAAAGCACAAGGCGGUGGUGAAUGGCUUUUGUGGAUUUUGAUUAUGUGCACAAGAAGCUUUUAAAUUGGUGUGUACUGCUCCAGGGCCUAGAGAAAGAUACAUUUUUUUGACUGCUCAAUUAUCCAUAUACCUGAAUGCUCUGCUGGAAAGUGAGCAUUUAGUUUACUGAAAAUGGCAAGGAAUGCCCUGGGGCUUCUUAGCCUUGGUGCACAUUUGAUACCAGGAGGAAAUAUCUAGAAAUACCUUAACAAAGUAAGGCAUGUGCCUUAGGAUUAUGGUCUCAGUUGGAACCACGCCAGAUGGGAACUUUGCUGAUGUUUUUUCUUCCUUCUCAGUUGAUUACCUUUUAGCUAAAGAGUGUGCUAUCAAUAAAAGUUGGAAGGCAUGGAUUUAUAACUGUCAGAACCUGGUUUAUGAUACUGACCAAGGCUUCUGAAUAUUUAUUUAGUAUUUCAUAAAAUUUUACUUUCUAAUGAAAACGGCACAUUUCACAUUAAAUUUAAGCAAACAAAACUCCUUUGAUUCUAAAACAUCCAGAAGUUGCCAGUGUUCAAUUAUUUAGAUUAGACGUUUUCAGAUAUAUUUCUAGGAAGAGAUCAUUCGGAGC